AGAGAGAGAGAGAGAGAGAGAGAGCCCAUGGGAAGUGUAAAGGUGCAUGGCAUGUGGGCUUGCUCUUACACUCAAAGGGUUUUGGUGGCUCUUAAGCUCAAAGGUGUGGAGUUUGAGUACAUAGAAGAGGACUCGAGCGAUAAGAGCCCCACUCUCUCUCUCUACAAUCCCAUAUAUGAGAAGGUCCCUAUCCUUGUUCAUGAGGGGAAAGCCGUUGUUGAGUCUGUUGUAAUACUUGAAUACAUUGAGGAGACAUGGAGGCAUGAUCCAUUGAUGCCUGAAAAUCCCUAUGAUCGUGCUCUUAUCCGGUUUUGGGUUCACUUUGUCGAAGAAAAGCUUGGUCCAGCCGUUGGAUCAAUUUUACAACUGAGUGGCGAGGAGCAGAGCGCAGCGAUCGGUCAGGCACGUGAGAGCCUCCGAUUCAUCGAAGCCGAGCUUACCGAAGGCCAAUUCAAAGGAAGGAAGUUCUUCGGAGGGAACCAUGUUGGGAUUCUUGAUAUCGUUUUGGGUUGUGGGUCCUUUUGGCUCAAGGCCAUGGAAGAAGAUGUUGAGGUGAAGAUUUAUGAGGAGGAAGCAUUUCCUAUGUUUCAUGCAUGGGUUUGUAGCUUUGAAGAGCUACCUCAAGUUAAGGAAACAAUCCCUGAUGCUGAAAAAUUCAUGGAUUAUGCUAAAGCUUUGAGGAAGAUGAUGUUGAAUUUUGGCAACCCUUAACCUUCAUGGCUCUUAAAUGGCCCUAAAGUCUAAAAUGUUGACAUCUUGGGUUGUUUAUAGUUUGGUAUGUUAUGUUACGUUCAAAAAAAAAAAAAAAAUACUUGAAAUCUUUUUGCAUGAAGAAAAGCUUUGUUUUGAUUGAAAUGUAUAUCACAAGCCAGGGAGCCAUGUCUCUUGCAAAACUUUAUUUACUCCUUGGGGUAAAUUUAGUAUGUUCUGCUGCUUUAAAUUGAA